AUGCCUUAUACAGAUCCGUCCAUCUAUUGUCCUUUGUGCAAAUCUGAUCUGGAUGCUGCUCAAACGUGGCAUUACCUGCUUGAAGAAGGGACGGAGGAGGAUGACAGUAGAACGGGACAACCAAUGCACCGUCAUUUCAUGGACAUGAUUCGCUUGACCGAAGAGGAGCGAUCGCAAGAGAUUACUGUGCACGACUACUGUUGGCAGAUCGUCGAACGCAUCUUCAGACAAGUCCAUUUCGAGCAGGCUUGGAUUGAACAGUUCAAGAGCUACAGUCAUCUGCUCUCUCCUUUCAUGGAAGAAGCUCCGUUUGACGAAGAAUCCCAUUCCCUCGAUCAAGACGUCUUUAUGGCGUUCAGGUCAGCCUGCCGUAAGGACAAGGUGCAACGUCUGCUCUGCAUACCUUUGCCCCCCGAGACCAUUCAGCGAAUCUAUCACUUCCUCGACCAAGAAAAGGACAUUAUCGACCUUGACAGAGUAUUGUCUGUUGGGCCCUCCCUGAAACAGUGGAGGGAGCUUGGAUUUAAAUAUAUGUUGGCAGAUGAUCUCGACCCAAAAGAGAACAUCAGAACCCUUUUCCGCAACCUGCAACAACAGCCAAGAGAGCCCCCAAACCACCAAUUAUCGACUGAUUUGGGCCAAUGUCGAGAUUUUGUAUAG